AUGGUUCUCACCAAGGAAAAUGCCUCCAUCGGCAUCAUCGGAAUGGGUGACAUGGGCAAAAUGUAUGCCCAGCGACUGAGUCAAGCUGGUUGGAGACCAUCACAUGCCAGGUUUAUAUCACACCGUAGCCUUCUUAACAGUCAUGCUGACACCACCUCGCGACUUUCAAGGAUAAAUGCCUGUGACAGGUCGGAUAAGUACGAAUCAUUGAAGCAAGAAUAUGCAUCAGAUAAAGCUAUCUCUAUAUUUCCGAAUGGACACUUGGUCUCGCGAAUCAGCGACUACAUCAUAUACAGCGUAGAGGCCGCUUAUAUUGAUAAAAUAGUUGCCGAAUAUGGUCCCUCAACGAAGGUCGGUGCGAUUGUUGGUGGCCAGACAUCGUGCAAGUCCCCGGAACUUGCUGCUUUCGAUAAACAUCUCCCUUCGGACGUAGAGAUUAUCUCAUGUCACUCUCUACACGGACCGAAAGUGAAUACAAAGGGCCAACCAUUGGUCCUUAUACAACACCGAGCUUCAGACGAGAGCAUGAGAUUCAUUGAACGCGUCUUUGAAUCCUUUGAAUCCCAAUAUGUCUACCUCAGCGGCGAGAUGCAUGACCGCAUCACAGCUGAUACCCAGGCCGUCACACAUGCUGCUUUCCUGAGCAUGGGCACGGCAUGGUACUCCAACAAUCAAUUUCCCUGGGAAAUCGAUCGCUGGGUAGGAGGAAUCGAGAACGUCAAGAUCAACAUCACUCUCCGCAUCUACGCGAAUAAAUGGCACGUCUAUGCCGGUCUCGCCAUCCUCAAUCCAGCAGCCAAGAAACAAAUCAGACAAUACGCCAAAUCCGUCACGGAGCUUUAUAAGCUGAUGAUUGAAGGCAAAAGGGAGGAAUUGAAGAAAAGAGUCAAAGAGGCUGGUGAAGCAGUCUUCAAAUCGGAUACCGAGGGCCAGGACUUGCUACUAAGAGACGAAGUUCUUGAUCGAUUCUCGUUGUCGAAUAAGGACUCCAGGGAGGAGGCGCCGCCGAAUAACCAUCUUAGUUUGUUGGCUAUUGUAGAUUGUUGGUCGAAGUUAGGGAUUGUGCCUUAUGAUCAUAUGAUUUGCUCUACUCCUCUCUUCCGUCUCUGGCUCGGUGUCACGGAGUACCUUUUCCGUAACCCAAGUCUCCUCGAUGAGGUUCUCGACAUUGCCAUUGAUGAUCAGACUUUCCGUUCUGAUGAUUUGGAGUUCACAUUUGCUGCACGAGCAUGGUCAGAUUGCGUCUCCUUCGGCGACUUUGAAUCCUACCGAGACCGGUUUGAGCGUAUCCAGAGCUACUUUGCGCCGAGAUUCCCGGAUGCAGUCAGGCUGGGCAAUGAGAUGAUGAAGACGAUUCUGGAGAAGACUAGUGAUCAUCCUUGA